AUGGUGGACGACCGAGUGAGGAACAUCAUCACCACAGUUGGUUUGGAGGGACUCCUGUGGGUCCCGGGUAGAGAGAUUGACAAUGGCCUCAUAACGGCCUUAGUGGAGCGAUGGCGGCCCGAGACUCACACGUUUCACAUGCCACAUGGUGAGGUGACCAUCACAUUGCAGGAUGUGGAGGUUCUUCUCGGGCUUCCUGUUGAUGGUGAGGCUAUAACAGGGAGCACACAAAAAACUUGGGUGGAUGUGUGCCGGGACUUCCUUGGCUUUCGACCUGUAACUCAAAACAACCAUAAGCAACUUGAUGGGCAGAGGAUUCUCAUCAACCGCCUUUUGGAGGAAGUUGCUAACCCAUUGCCGCCUGAUGCUGAAGAGGAUCAGCUGCAUAAGUACGCACGAUGCUACAUCCUAGCGCUAUUGGGGGACACAAUAUUCAUGGACAAAUCCGGCGAUAGGGUGCAUCUAAUGUGGGUGCAGCAGUUGGAAGACCUUCACAACCCACGGAGGUACAGUUGGGGAAGUGCUUGCCUUGCAUGGUUGUAUCGAGAGCUAUGCAGGGCAAGCGAGGACACCAGUCAGAUUGGUGGGUGCUUGCUGUUGCUCCAGUACUGGGCAUGGGCCAGGUUCCCCUAUUUGUGCCCGACAGUUGAGCGAGGCCCGCCAGUGGGUGCUUACGGUCCUCCAGUACGUGGUCCACUAUCCCUGAAGUAA